AAAAGCUAUAAGAAGGUACAAAAGAUUACAACCUAAUGGCAAAUCCAACCGUGAAAAUGGCCUUCAGAAAUCUCCGUUUCAGCCUUAAGGCAUUCCGGUUUAGAAGACUUCUGAUGGGUGGUGGCGAUGGAAGGAAAAACAAGAUGAAUCCUUCUUGGUUAACUCCGGUUUCGCAUGGAUGCUACACGGUGGACCGGUUUAGUGGAAGCUGUAGCGGAAAUUUGUCAGAUUCCGACAUGGUUUUGGUACAGAGAGAACAAAGUGAAGAGCUUGAGAUCUGGCUCUUUGGAGUAUCCGACACUCAGACACGGGAUGUGAUCGCUAAGUACAUGCAGACCCAUCUGUUUGAUAAACUCCGACACGAGCUUGGGGUUGCGAGGAAGAGCAAAGAGAUCACGAGAAGAGCGUAUAUGAGCGCAGUGGGCGGCCAAGAGAAAGAGGAGAGAAUCAUCAAUGGCGGAUUGGGCGCAUCGGUUAUGGUGGUGAAUGGGGAAGAGCUCACAAUGGCAAGCAUGGGAGGCUACAGAGUGGUGGUCUGCAGAGAAGGAGAUGCUCAUCAAAUCAGGAAAAAGAAGCUGAAAUCCUCCAAAAGGCAUUGGUCCAAGAUGAUUUUUCCAGCUUGCAAUCAGAGACAAACAGGAGAAGAAGAAGAUGGAUCAGAGACUGCAGAUUCAGAAUUAGCAGUCGUCAUGGAAAGAAUCAGUCCAGACACGGAGUUCAUCAUCAUCGGCAGCUCCGGAAUCUGGGAGGUGAUGAAGAACCAAGAAGCAGUGAAUCUGAUCAGACACAUUGAAGAUCCAAAGCAAGCGGCCAAGUGCCUGGCCGAAGAAGCCCUGAACCGGAUGAGCAAAGGCGCCAUUUCUUGCAUCGUUAUCCGUUUCGACUGAAACAUACUAAUGUUGCCUUGAUUUUGUGAAGUUGAAAAUGGAUAUUGAAGGUUUGGCCAAGCAAAAGGGCAGAACUCAAGUCAAAUGUCUGCGUCAAACUUAAAUUCAUUACCACAUUUAACAAUUCAAUAACAUGUCUUUAACAUUUCCAUUCUGAAGUACAGAGUACUAACUCUUGCUUUUUUCAGACUUAAUGAACAAACUCAUCUAAAACAGAGAAACGAGAGAGAGAGAGAGAGAGAGAGAGAGAGAGAGAGAGAGAGAGAGAGAAUUUGAUUAUAUCUCCCUCCUGUGACGUUUUUCUUCUUCUCCCAUGUAAGCUCUUCCCAGUUUCAACAUGUAUGUACCUCUCUCUCUCUC